UACUUGUAGUCCUCAACACUGUCUGUCACCUCUGUUUCCCGGAUGCUGAUUGGGUUCGGACGGUUCCUUUGCCUCCUGAUAUCCACCACCAACUCCUUGGUCUUUGUGAUGUUGAGUUGCAGGUGAUUUAGUUCGCAGCACUCCAAAAAACAAACUGUCCACCACAUUCCUGUACUCAGCCUCCUGUCCUCUGCAGAUACAACCAACAAUGGUAGAGUCAUCAGAAAACUUCUGCAGAUGGCAGGAUUGUGAGUAGUAUCUGAAGUCUGAUGUGUAGAGUGUGAACAAACAGAGAGACAGGACCGUCCCCUGAGGUGCCCCCGUGCUGCUCUCUAUUGUAUCUGACACAUGGCUCUGCAGCCGUACAUACUGUGGCCGACCUGUGAGGUAGUUGGUUAUCCAGGCCACUAGUGGAGCAUUCACCUGCAUGUCCAGCAGCUUAGUCCUGAGCAGGGCAGGUCGUAUGGUGUUAAAAGCGCUUGAGAAGUCAGAAAACGUGACUCUCACAUAAUUGCCUGCCUCAUCCAGGUGAGUAUAAGCCCUGUUCCACAACAAUUUGCCAAUUAUUGCAGUAAAGAACAUCAUGCCAUACAUUUUAUCAGUUUAUAAUUACAUUUAAUGUUGUAUAGAAAAUGAAUCAACACUUUAUGACUAAUCAGAGUCAGGACUUCUGCAGCGCUGUGGUAUUAAUAAAUGGCCAUUUAUUAUAGAUUAUAGUAUUUUGAACACAAUGUUCCUGUAACAAAUGUCAAGGACAUGCAAGGAGGAGGCGGGAAUUGAGUGAACUCAAACAUGAACUUAACGUGAACACACAAACAAGAACCGAACGUAAAACACAAACGUAAGGCAAACAUAAAACACGCGUGCAUCUCUCUCUCCCUCGGCGUCUCCAGCCGCUCCUUUAUCCCUCUCUCCCGCUGAUUAGCCAACUCAGUGCCAGGUGUGCAUCCUCACAGCCUGCUUGUCACACUCCUCCGCGGGCAGAUUCAGGCCUCUGGCCUGACGCACACACACAAAAACAACAUAUUGUGUUGUCUUAAGGGUCAAAAAUGACCUGUGACCAUUUUUAACAGCAGAAAAAAACCCUAAAUGAUGUUUAUUCAACUUGAAAUUUGAUGACUUUUCCUAAAAUGACCUCAACAUUAGAAAAAAUCAACCAUUUUCUAUUUUCAUAUUUUCAUGAAGGCUUUACACAGCUAGGGUACAAAGAUUGUCUCAGGGGUAAAUUUUGACCCGCCAGCUAUAAAGCCAUUUAUACACCCCCAAAACUACAGACACAUCACAGACACACACUGGCACAAACAUGCACACUCCAACACACACACAAUAAGAAACUAAGAUUGUGUGCUACUGAUUGAUCUCUCUCUCAUCUUCCCUCCAUGACCCCACGCAUGACUCAAGCUCAGACAAAAUAAAAAGAAUUUCAGACAAAAUAAACAUGUAUUGAAAGCAUUAUUUACUAAUAGGGAAUGCUUAUAUAUAGGUUUUGUAGAUUGCAGUACCGUAGUUGUCUUUUUGCCAAAGUCAUGAGUGCUCGUUUCAGUGCCCAGCAAGUUGCAGAUGUGAUUACUUCAGGUGUCUUGGAAGAAGAUAACACUGAUUUGAAAGAGGAGGAGGCAUCUGAAGAAGAAGAUGGGGAAGAGUACAACCCAGAGAAUGAUUCCUCAUCUUCAGAUGAAGCAGAAAUCCCCCAAGCUGACAAAGAAACUUUUUUGUCAAAGAACAGCAAAAUAUCAUGGUCUUCUUUACCAUAUGGCAAGCAGGGCAGGAUGGCAGCAGAAAAUGUCAUGAAGAUGACCCCAGGGCCAACAAGAUAUGCUGUUUCCCAUGCCCCGGACAUGGUCUCAACAUUUUUCAUGUUCAUUACACCAGCCAUCAAAAAAAUCAUUGUAGAAAUGACCAAUCUACAUGGUUUCCAGAAAUGGAGACAAGUGGAAAAUCGUGGAUGAGACUGACCUGCGUGCCUACAUAGGGCUGGAAGAUGGAAGUGUACACAGGGAAGCUGAUCAGUGGAGGCCCAGAGAAGAAUCAGGGGAUGCGGGUUGUACUUGAUGUGACUGAGGGGUCUCAAUGUCACGUGUGACAAUUUUUUCACAUCUUAUGAACUUGGCCAGCAGCUGCUGAAGAGAAAGAUCACCAUGGUUGGCACAGUCAGAAAGAACAAGCCUGAGCUGCCCCCUGCACUACUUGCAACAAGGGGGAGAGAUGCCUUCUCCUCUAAGUUUGCCUUCACCCCCACCACCACUCUAGUUUCUUACCUCCCAAAGAAGGACAAGAAUGUGGUCCUCCUGAGCACACUGCACAAAACAGCAGAGAUCAGUGAUCGUGAAGACAAGAAGCCAGCUAUCAUUCUGGACUACAACCACAACAAAGGAGGUGUGGAUAACUUGGACAAGGUGAUUGGAACUUACUGCUGCAGGAGGAUGACUGCGCGCUGGCCCUUGGUCAUCUUCUAUAACAUCAUUGAUGUGUCCUCAUACAAUGCCUUUGUGAUUUGGAGCCAGACCGACCCUGCCCGGAUAUCUGACAUGUGGAACAAGAGGAGGGUAUUCCUGGAGCACCUGGGAAAGUCACUUGUAACCACCCAAAUUCAAAGAAGAGAGCGUCUCCCUCACACAGCAGCCUCUGCAGCACUUGUGGAAGCUGUUCAGGGUGCUGAAUCUUCUUGUGUUCCAUGUUAGGCUGCAGCAGGGGCAGGCAAGAGGAGGAGAUGCCAAGUCUGUCCCCCCACAAAGGAGUGUAAAACAACCACUAUGUGCUCAACGUGUAAAAAAUAUAUCUGCAAAGUCCAUGCUCACACACUGUCCUACUGUCCCACAUGUGCUAAUUAGGUCAGCUGUUGCCAAAAGGUUGGUAGAUAGUGUAGUUGUAUUUAUA